UCUGCCUGCCUCUCGUCAGACUGACGAUGGGUGAAGCCCAACUGUGUGGAUUACAGGACGAGUUCACCUGCUCGGUGUGUCUGGACACCCUGACUGACCCCGUGUCACUGCACUGUGGUCACAGUUUCUGCCUGAAGUGCCUCUCCGACUACUGGGAUCAGAGCCAAGUGUGCAGCUGUCCUCAGUGCAGACACGUCUUCAUGGUGAGGCCCGAACUUAAAAGAAACACUCUGCUGAAUGAAGUCAUCAAGAAAUUAAAGAAGACGACACUCAGUUGUCCUCCAUCUCAGAAAUAUGCCGGCCCUGGAGAUGUGGAGUGUGAUUUCUGUACUGGGAAGAAGUUCAGAGCGGUGAAGUCCUGUCUAACCUGCAUGGCUUCUUUCUGUCAGCCCCACCUGCAGCCUCACUAUGAAGUAGCAGCUUGGAAGGGACACAAGCUGGUUGAUCCUGAUAGAAAUCUGAAGGAGAAACUCUGUGAGAAACAUCAGAAAAGUCUGGAAAUGUUUUGCAGAACCGAAAAGACGUGUAUCUGCAUGAUUUGUGCAGUGACUGAACACAACACUCAUGAAAAGGUUGAGCUGGAGAUGGAAAGAGAAGGAAAACAGAAACAGCUGGUGGCGACACUGAGGGAAAUUAGAAGGAGACUUGAAGACAAAGAGAAGAAACUGAAGAAGACGAGGAGGACAGCAGAGGAGAUGAAGAUCUCAGUGGAAAGAGUGAUGGAGGAACAUGAGAAGAGCUUCACUGAUCUGAUACGGUGCAUUGAGGAAGCCCACAAGAAACUGAUUGAGAAGAUCAGACAACAAGAAAAGAUUGAAAUGGAGAAGGCUGAAGGAGUCAUGGAGCAACUGGAGAAGGAGAUUGAGGAGCUGAAGAGGAGAGAAGCUGAGCUGAAGGAGCUUUCAGAGACCAAGGACCAUGUCCACUUCCUGCAGACUUUCUCAUCUUUCUGUGUCCUUCCUGAUGAUGAAGACUCGCUCAACUUCACUGUCACUGCCAAUUUCUCUUCUGAGGACCUGCUAAAGGAAAUGUCAUGUCUGAAAAUGUGUCUGGAGAAGAUCAGCCAGUGGGACAUCCUGCCUUUGACUCCAUCAGGUCGUGAAGCUUCAAUCUUCACCCUACUGGCUCCUGAACCUCAGAGCAGAGAGGAGUUUUUACAAUACUUCUGUCCCCUCACACUGGACAUCAACACGGCAAACAGAGAGCUCCGUCUGUCUGAAGGGAACAAGAAGGUGACGCGUGAGGAGACAAAAGCUGAAUAUCCUGAUCAUCCUGACAGAUUUGACUGCUGGGGUCAAGUUCUGUGCAGAGAGGCUCUGACUGGGACUCGCUGUUACUGGGAAGUGGAGUGCAGUGGAGACUUCAUGAUGAUUGGAGUCGCAUAUAAAGGACUGGGUAGGAAAGGAACAGGUGUGGAGUUGCGUCUUGGAAACAACAACAAGUCCUGGUGUUUGUGGUGUUUUAAUUCCCAGUACUCUGUGUGGCACAAUAAAAAGCACACUAUAAUCAGUGCCCCCUACAGCCCCAGAAUAAAUGUGUAUCUGGACUGGCCUGCUGGCUCUCUGUCAUUUUAUAGCGUCUCACACACAAUGACCCUUCUGCACAGGUUCAAUACCUCCUUCACUGAGCCCCUCUAUCCAGGGUUUAGGCUUCAUUUAAACUGCAGUGUAACAAUCAGUCAUCUGACACCAUGUGACCACUGACCAGUACCCUCCACCGGUCACUUGAUGUCCCCAUAAGCUCAUGUCCUCAUUGUGUUUGUAGGGUGAAAUUCAAUUUACAGGAUUGGUGGGUUGGGGGGGCACCUCUGUGAUUGAAUUUGUGGAUGAGAAUGCGGGGCAAGUGUGGCUGUCAGGGUCUCCAUUAUUAUUGGGUCUGAGGAGCCAAUCAGGUGUGUAUGUCAUAAUGAGGGGCAGUGACACCUCAGACCUACAAAUACCAGUCUGACCAGUAGGGGUCACUGUUGAUUCACAGCCACGUGUCCUUCAGGCUGACACCCCGACAACUACUGAGGCCCCCAAGUGUCACUGAAUGUCACCUGUUAAGUAGGACAGGCAUGUGGUCCUGCUGGAUCAGCACAACUGAAAGGCGCUAUACAGACUCAGUAUGGAGAGCUCUUGAAUAGUGACUAUAUGUAGGAGCAGAGAGUGACAGAUGGGACAGGAAUGUUUUCCUUUAACUAGACAUUUUGUACCCCUCCAUUGGUCACUGAAGGGGUCCACCAUAUCUGAAGGAAUUCACUGUGAAUGGCUAAAGAUGAGGACUCACCGCUCAGUCAUAUGUCGGCCAUACUGACAGAGUUUGGUGUUUUAGUUGAUGUCACAUUUAACUUAAAACUGCACCUCCUCCUUGUCCCCAGAUUUGUCACUCUUGGUAUCCUGAAAGCUCCAACAUCUUCACAAAAUGAAUUCUUGGUGAGUUGGCACACACUUGACAUGGGUGCACAUGUGUGGCUUUGCAGUGGACUGGCACCUCGUCCAGGGUUGGCCCAUCUUGUCUACAAACCUGAAAUUGAAAAGCGGAUAAGAAAGACAACUAAUGGACAGAAGGGGUCACUGAUUGGUCAGUCAUCAAACUACUUCCUCUUGUGGCUACACAAAAUUUUACACAGCAAUUUAUACAAAAAGGAAAUCUAAAAGAUGAAAGCAGAAAGCAUUAAGUGAAAUCCUGAGCAGUGAAACAUGAAAGGAGAGAAUGAGAAACAAUCAGAGAGUCAGACGAAUGGAGACUUUAACAGGAGGACUGAGGGGUGGGACUGAAGUGCAGUGGCGCCCUCUAGUGGACACCCGCCAUAUUACACACAUGGGAAAGGUCAGCAGUGAAGGGGGAGAAAAGAAUACAGUGCAGUGUAAAAGAAAUAAGAAUAAAGUGAAAACACAAGAAUAAAACACCUGAAAUAAAGAACUUUAAAUAUUAUAUCUAAAACUAAUUACGAUUUAAAUGAAUUAAGAGUAAAAUAAGGGAGACACGAUCACACAGUCACAUGACCUUCAGAGCUGACAGGUGAGCUGAUUCUUCUGUAGCCAAACUGCCCCCUCUAGUGGCCACUCUCAGUAUUAAAUGAAUGGCAAGGCUGAGGGGGAGGAAAGAUUUGGGUUUGAUCAAAUGGAUAUUUAGUGCAGAUUUCUUAAUAUUGUCAUUACCUUUAAGGACAGUGCGGCUUUGUUAGGUUAUGGAAGAUUCUCUAUGGGAAAAGAACAUUUAUUUGAAUUAAUCUUUUUAAUAAUCUUUAUGUAUUAACAAAAUACAAAACUAAAAAUGUAUUAUAUUUUGUAAAAUAAAGUCCCAAUUGUGUUUGGUGAAUAAACAAUAAGGAUGACUGACA